GCUGAGGGUGUGCGCCUGCGCGCAGAGGGCUCGGCGUUUUCCAUGAGCUGGGGUUGCACUUGAGAGUGUGACAGCGAGUGAGAGAAUAAAGUGAAAUGCAGAGUGAAGAGCUAUUCAAAUGCUAUUUUUAUACCUACUCCAGGCAGCUCUCUGUUUAAGACAGGGGUUUGUUCCCAAAGCGGCUUUUCCUCCUGGGAUUCUGUGAGGAACGGUGUGAUGAGACAGAGACAGAGUAGGGGUAGGAGCAGAGAGAGAGAGAGGAGAGAGAAUCCCAAGCAGAUUCCAUGCUGUCACCAAAGAGCCUGAUGUGGGCCUCCAUCCCAUGAACUGUGAGAUCGUGACCUGAACCAAAACCAGGAGUUGAACGCUUAACUGAUUGAGACUCAGCAGGUUCCAGAAGGUAGAUUUACAGCAAGUUCUGCUGCUGUAACUCCACAGUGACUUCUCUGCCAUUGAGUGGGCCGUGACUUGAGUCAUCUCCAAAAGAUCUGGAUCUCAGCCCUAGGAGAAGUAGCUGCCUCUUAUCUCUGCUAUUCUUAUGAAUCGUUGUUCUUGGGAAGAAUCCACUCUGACUCUCUCAGCCAUGACACUGGGAAUCCUCCCGGCCCCCAACUUGGGUCCCUUUUCACUUCUUAGUGCUUGAAUGCUACACAGAAGACAAUGAAAAUUCUGACUCAGGAAAAAAGCACUCAAUCUUCAAGCAAGGACAUCAUCCUGCACAUUCCCUGCAUCUUCCUAGGUGCCUUCUCUCCACAUUUGACUUCAUUCUGGGUGGUGACUAGCCAUGUCAUCCUCACGUUUGGAGAUGCCAUACUUGGGCAAUAUUUGAGCCAUUGGCAGGAUGUUACCCUGUGAGUUGCUAUGAAAAGAGGAAACAAGACUUUGGGGACUUUACAGAGGAAAGAUAGAAAGAACAAGAAGAGCUGAGAGGUAUCCUGAGAUGAGGGUCUUGAUCACACACCAGAUGUCUAGUAAACAACUCCAGGCUUCCACAGACCUAUUCAUCAGACCGUUCAGGUGGCACAUGAUUGUGAUUGUGGGAUCAGUCAUUGCAAUCUGUAUCUUGUACAUCAGAGUUUCCUGGCCUAACAGCAUGGUCCCUCUGCCCCCACAGCCCCGCCCUGCCUGCAAGUCCUCUGGCUCUCUCCCCAAGGAGCUCUCGGACCUGACCCAUCUUCUGCACUGGCCUCCCACCCCAGGAGAUGUGGGGGACCUUUUGGCCUCCACCAAUCCCCAGACUUCCACCUACCACCUGAGGGAUCGUUCCCAGGCCAGCUACACCCUGGGAGGCUCCCUAGAGGCCAUCCUUGUCGCCAGAGACCACCAGGGCAGGCCCAAGACCUGUGGUGGAGAUCUGUUUCGGGCACAGCUGCUGGGUCCCCACCUGAAGGCAGGAGUCCCUGGGGAUAUCCAGGAUCUGGAGAAUGGCACCUACCUGUUGUCCUUCCCUCUGCUGUGGGCUGGGCAGGCCCAGGUGCGAGUGCAGCUGAUCCACUCCAGCGAGGCACUUAGGGUCCUGCGGGGAAUCUGGAGAGACCAAUGGGCCACAGUUGAUUUCAUGGGCUAUUUCCGAGGACCCACAGGAUAUGAAGAAAUUGUGACUUGCAAUGUUAACCCCCUGCUAACUGGGGAGGAAGAGUCUACCUGUCACUACAAGGAUGAAGAUUCUGGUGAGCUCUGGUUCUGUGCUCGACCCCCAACCCUGCCCUGCAACUCACUGGUAGGGCAUUCAAGUGGACAUUACUGGAGUAUGACCACACCACACGAGGAGGCCCUGCUGGCAUGGAACGUGACAGACAAGGUCCUCCCUCAGGGUAUUUCUCCAAUCUGGGUGGCCAAGGAGAGCAACAAGAGUCUGGUUCUGUCCCCUCGACAACCAUGCCACCCUGGGAUCCCAGGCCCAAAGCCCUCUGGCUUCUACCACCAAGAUGUGUGGCACUCACUGUCCUGCUCCAGACGCUCCUUCUCCACUGUUGACAGCAUCCUGGGCUGCCUGGCUGGUCACGUCGUCCACAUGAUGGGGGACUCCACACGGCAGUGGUGGGAGUACCUGCGUGACACUGUGCCCUCCCUGAAGCCUAUGGAUCUACACACCACAUAUCAGACGGGGCCCCUGAUGGCGGUGGAGACCGCUCGGGGCAUAGUGGUGCACUGGCGGGCCCACAGCUGGCCCCUGCGCUCCCUGCACACACCAGUGGCCUCCCUGCACUCUGUGGUCUGGGAACUGGAGGGCCUGGCCGGAGGCCCCCACACAGUGGUGGUGCUGGGCCUGGGCGCCCACUUCACCACCUCCCCAUCUGUCUUUGUGCAACGACUCGCAGGGAUCAGGGCAGCCGUGGCUGCGCUGCUGGCCCGCGAGCCCCGCACUGUCGUGGUCAUCAAGCUGGCCAAUACCGGCUACAAGUCUGUGUAUGGCAGUGACUGGUUCUCCCUCCAGGUGAACCGGCUUCUCCGAGCCGCCUUUGCUGACCUCCGUGUGGCCUUUGUGGACGCCUGGGAAAUGACCUCCAGUCUGGCUCUGCCCGACAGGAUCCACCCAGGGCGGCUUAUUGUCCGCAAUGAGGUCAACUUCCUCCUGUCCUUCAUUUGCCCCAUUUGAGCGCUUCUGCGGGUCCUGGGCUGUGUGGAUGGAGGCGCUGGUGUGAGGAUCAAGCCUGGAAGCCCUUCCCCUCAGCUAUCUGUACCUCUUCUCUUAACUUUUUGUUUGUUUGUUUCUUUGUUUUGGAUGAGGGAAAAAAAGAUUUUUUAUUGUAUUUUAAUUCAAACUUAUUGGGUUCCUGGUGAGUUUUAAAUUUAAAAUACUUUAUUAGCCAAUUCUCAGCGUUGGUUCUAUGAAUUGUUCAUCUCAUUUAACUAUUUUUCUCCUAGUUCUUUAGUGUUUUGGGUUUUUUUUAUAAUUUAACUUUAUUUUUUAUUUUUAAAAAUUUAUAUCCAAAUUAGUUAGCAUAUAGUGCAACAAUGAUUUCAGGAGUAGAUUCCUUAAUGCCCCUUACCCAUUUAGCCCAUCCCCCCUCCCACAACCCCUCCAGUAACUCUCAGUUUGUUCUCCAUAUUUAUGAGUCUCUUCUGUUUUGUCCCCCUCCCUGUUUUUAUAUUAUUUUUAUUUCCCUUCCCUUAUGUUCAUCUGUUUUGUCUCUUAAAGUCCUCAUAUGAGUGAAGUCCUAUGAUUUUUGUCUUUCUCUGGUUGACUAAUUUCACUUAGCAUAAUACCCUCCAGUUCUAUCCACGUAGUUGCAGAUGGCAAGAUUUCAUUCUUUUUGAUUGCCGAGUAAUACUCCAUUGUGUAUAUAGACCACAUCUUCUUUAUCCAUUCAUCUGUCAAUGGACAUUUGGGGUCUUUCCAUCCUUUGGCUAUUGUCGAUAGUGCUGCUAUAAACAUGGGGGUGCAUGUGUCCCUUCGAAACAACACACCAGUAUCCUUUAGAUAAAUGCCUAGUAGUGCAAUUGCUGGGUCGUGGGGUAGUUCUAUUUUUAGUUUUUUGAGGAACCUCCAUACUGUUUUCCAGAGUGGCUGCACCAGCUUGCAUUCCCACCAACAAUGCAAGAGAGAUCCUCUUUCUCCGCAUCCUCGCCAACAUCUGUUGUCUCCUGAGUUGUUAAUGUUAGCCAUUCUGACAGGUGUAAGGUGGUAUCUCAUUGUGGUUUUGAUUUGUAUUUCCCUGAUGAUGAGUGAUGUGGAGCAUUUUUACAUGUGUCGGUUGUCCAUUUGGAUGUCUUCUUUGGAGAAGUGUCUAUUCAUGUCUUUUGCCCGUUUCUUCACUGGAUUAUUUGUUCUUUGGGUGUUGAGUUUGAUAAGUUCUUUGUAGAUUUUAGAUACUAACCCUUUAUCUGAUAUGUCAUUUGCAAAUAUUUUCUCCCAUUCUGUCGGUUGCCUUUUAGUUUUGCUGAUUGUUUCCUUCGCUGUGCAGAAGCUGUUUAUUUUGAUGAGGUCCUAGUAGUUCAUUUUUGCUUUUGUUUCCCUUGCCUCCGGAGAUGUGUUGAGUAAGAAAUUGCUGCAGGCGAGAUCAAAGAGGUUUUUGCCUGCUUUCUCCUCAAGGAUAUUGAUGGCUUUCUGUCUUACAUUGAGGUCUUUCAUCCAUUUUGAGUUUAUUUUUGUGUCUGGUGUAAGAAAGUGGUCCAGGUUCAUUCUUCUUCAUGUCGCUGUCCAGUUUUCCCAGGACCACUUGCUGAAGAGACUGUCUUUAUUCCAUUGGAUAUUCUUUCCUGCUUUGUCAAAGAUUAGUUGCCCCUAUGUUUGUGGGUCCACUUCUGGGUUCUCUAUUCUAUUCCAUUGAUCUGAGUGUCCGUUCUUGUGCCAGUACCAUACUGUCUUGAUGAUUACAGCUUUGUAGUGUAGCUUGAAGUCUGGGAUUGUGAUGCCUCCUGCUUUGGUUUUCUUUUUCAAGAUUGCUUUGGCUAUUUGGGGUCUUUUCUGGUUCCAUACAAAUUUUAGGAUUAUUUGUUCUAGCUCUGUGAAGAAUGCUGGUGUUACUUUGAUAGAGAUUGUGUUGAAUAUGUAGAUUGCUUUGGGUAGUAUCGACAUUUUAACAAUAUUUGUUCUUCCUUGGUAAGAACAUGGAAUCUUUUUCCAUUUCUCUGUCUUCUUCAAUUUCUUUCACAAGCUUUCUAUAGCUUUCAGUGUAUAGAUUUUUCACCUCUUUGGUUAGAUUUAUUCCUAGGUAUUUUAUGGUUUUUCUUCUCUUAACUUUUCUAAUGCACAGGCAAUAAAUCCACCAGUGAGAAUUGGGAUGUGGGCAGCGGGGGUGGCAGGUGAGGGAAACCUGGCAGUGCUGAAGGGAUGAGGCAGAGCCACAGCCAGAAACAUCUAUCACAUCUGUGCAUAUAAGGAUUGUCAUUUUAUGUGCUGGAGUCUCCAUGUAGAAUGCCAGCGAGCCUUGAAAAGAUAAAAGAGAGGGAUGCCAUUUCAGUUCAUCAGAGCCACCCUCGUGGAGAGCCCGACUAUAUAUAUAAAGACUUUUCGGGGUUGAUUUGUAAAAUAAAAUAUUUCUCCUCAUUGUAAAAGUAAUGCAGUGCUUUUUGUAGAAAACUUGAAAAGGUACCAAAAAAAUAACAAUGAAAAUAAAAAUCACCUAGAAUCCCAUGGCUGGGAGAAAAUCACUGUUGAAAUACAUAUAUUCCCAACAAUUUCUCAAUGCAUAAAAACAAAAUUCUAUACCUCUUCCUUUUAUUAUUAUUUUUAUUUACUCAAGAUAUAUCUGAUGGGUUUAUUCUGAGAUUCUAAUGGACAUUAAUUUGGUGUGUGUGCCCCUUGGUCAGUUCAGGUCCUACAAGAAGCAGGUGUCAAGAUAGGAUUAGAAGUGCAAAUAUGUUUAGUGGAAACACCUAUGAGAGAUAAUGCAGAGGAAGCCAGGUAAGGCUGGGAGAGCCCUCAGACCUGAUGCAAGGUUGACCUGGAGUAAAGGAUGGAGGGAAGGAAGGUUGGGUAGAAGCAUGCUAGACCAUCGUGCAGUCUAAGGAAAUUUUGGCAAGACCAGUGAGAAGUUCUUGAAUCACAGUUGACCAUCAGAGGAGUCCUGUAUCUCCCAGGAAGGGGCCAGCCUCAGUGUCCCUGCCGUGCUCAGCUGUUGGCUGGCAGCAGCCCCAUGGGAAGAGUGGCCUCACUGUGAGGGAUGUCAGAGGAUAACAGCUGGGGCCCUUGGUCAAGUACAAGCCCUGCAGUCCACUAGGAAGACAACAAACAUUUCAAAUAACUCGGGAAAUACAGUUGAUUUUCUAAAAGAAUGACAAAAGUCAAACUUCAGUCAAAGAAGACAUUACUGAUAUGAUCCAGCAAUUCUACUUCUGGAUAUUUAUCUGAAGGAAAGGAAAACACUAACUCAAAAAUGUAUCUGUACCCCCCCGUUCACUGACUACAGCAUUAUUUAUAAUAGCCAAGAUAUGGAAGCAACCUAAGUGUCCACCAAUGGAUGGAUGGAUAAAGAAAAUGCGGUAUUUAUGAAACAGUCAAGGAUUGGAACAAGCCCCUGGACACCCAGGGCACUCCCUCUGGGCUCAUAUCCCUUUCCCUGAAGGGCAGAGCAAGAAUCAAGGAGGAAACCCAGACUGGUUCCAACUGAUCCCAGAUGGGAUGGUAACCAAAAUUGACCUUUCACCAACUUUUCUCAUCUUAAUGCUAAAAAACAUGCCCAGAGGUAGAGACUUAACAUGCAAAUGAAACGUCCUGUGCAUGAAGAAGCAUGUUCUGUCAAAUGUACCUGUGCCCCCACUUUCCUGGGUUUCCCCACCGCUACUUGCUUAAGCAACAUUCCUUUUUCCCACCUCGGCCCCUUUAAAACUCCCUGGCUAUUGUCUGGAGAGCCAGUAUGACACCUUAGUCAUGACUUUGUCUCCCUUCUCCUGCAGCUAUUGCCCCAAUAAAGCCUUGUCUGUACCUUUAAAUUUGGGGUCCAUCCUCAUUUCUACCAUACCUGGGUCCAAGGACCCAAGUGUGGCACCAUAUACACAAUGGAAUAUUAGCCAAAAAAAGAAAGAAAUCCUGCCAUUUCUUUGGGUGGAUCCAACAAUAUGGUUGGAUUUUGAAGGCAUCAUGCUUAAUGAAAUAUGUCAGAUAGAGAAAGAUAAAUGCCAAAUGAUCUUCCUUAUAUAUGGAAUCUGAAAUAAACAAAGAAACUCCUAGGUAAGGAGAACAGAGUGGUGGUUGCCAGAGGUGAGCAGGGGGGCAAAAUGGGUGAAGGGGGUCAAAAGGCACAAACUUCCAGCUAGAAAAUAAAUAAGUCCUGGGAUAUAAUGUACAGCAUGGUGACUACAGUUAAUAAUACUGUAUUGUAUAUAUGAACGCUGCUAAGAGUAGCUCUUAAAACUUCUUAUGGCAAGAAACAAAAUUUUGUAGCUAUGUUGGUGAUGGGUGUCAACUAGACCUAUUGCGGUAAUCAUUUCAAUAAUACAAAUAUCAAAUCAUUAUGUUGUAUACCUGAAGCUAAUACAAUGCUAACAUCAGUUAUAUUUCAAUUAAAAAAUUAAAAAGGGUGUUUCUUGGUUUAGUCGUCUAAUAGACUUUCCCAAUGACAUUUCUGUUCGUAGACAAAGAUAUGUUGUCUAAUUUGGCAUCGCUGCUGAUAGAAAAUAAAUUAUCUGGAAAUAUU